GUCCCCAGUCUACUGUACUAUUAGGCAGCCUUCUCCCUCUCAAAUCACAUGCUUCUCUCACUCAACUUAGUGAGAGAAACAUCUGGAGAUAUUCAAACCAAUUCUUCAAUUUUCUCUUCUUCGUUUCGGUAUAAAAUCGGAACUUUUGAUCAACAGCGGAUCAAGCAAUGGCUGGAUAUGUAGGUGUUUUCGUAUCUGAUCCUUGGCUUCAGAAUCAGUUCACUCAGGUUGAACUUCGGCGUUUAAAAUCUCACUUCAAUGCAAUGAAGAGAGAAAACGGAGGUCUGAAGCUUGCAGACUUACCUUCCAAAAUGGCGAGAUUAAAACACGUGGAUGAGAAUCUUGCAGAGCAAGAAAGAGAGACGUUUCUGAGAGAUUCCUAUAAAAACUUGGAUGAAGACGUUGAUUUCGAGCUAUUUCUUCAGGUUUAUUUGAAAAUCCAAGCACAUGCUGCUGCAAGGAUGGGAAGUACUGCAAAGAGUUCAUCAGCUUUUGUCAAGUCAGCAACUUCUACAUUGCUCCACACCAUCAGUGAAUCUGAGAAGGCAUCAUAUGUUGCACAUAUUAACAGCUAUCUCGCUGAUGAUGAGUUUUUGAAGAAAUACCUUCCUGUUGAUCCGUCAAGUAAUGAUCUCUUUGAGAUUGCAAAGGAUGGAGUUCUUAUUUGCAAGCUUAUCAAUGUCGCAGUACCUGGAACAAUUGAUGAACGGGCAAUAAAUAUGAAGAGGAUGCUGAAUCCUUGGGAAAGGAAUGAAAAUCAUACCUUGUGCCUCAAUUCUGCUAAGGCAAUUGGAUGUACUCUAGUCAAUAUAGGCACUCAAGACUUUAUUGAAGGAAGGAGGCAUCUUGUUCUUGGAGUGAUAUCUCAGAUUAUUAAGAUUCAACUAUUGGCAGAUCUCAACUUAAAGAAAACACCUCAGUUGAUGGAGUUAGUUGAUGAUAGCAAGGACAUAGAGGAGCUGAUGAGUCUACCUCCAGAAAAAAUCUUGCUUAGAUGGAUGAAUUUUCAAUUGAAGAAAGCUAAAUACGAGAAAAUUGUGACAAACUUCUCAUCCGACAUAAAGGACGGAGAAGCUUAUGGUCACCUCUUAAAUGUUCUUGCCCCAGAGCACACUAAUCCUGCCACACUCACUACGAAAGACCAUUUAGCAAGAGCGAAGUUGGUUUUGGAACAUGCGGACAGGAUGGGUUGCAAAAGAUACUUAACAGCAAAAGAUAUUGUGGAAGGUUCACCAAAUCUUAACCUUGCAUUUGUGGCACAUAUCUUUCAGCAUAGGAAUGGGCUAUCAACUCAAACUAAGCAAAUAUCCUUUCUGGAGAUUUCACCGGAUGAAGCUCAAAUGUCCAGGGAAGAGAGAGCUUUCCGCUUUUGGAUCAAUAGUCUUGGAAAUUCAGCUUACAUAGAUAAUGUUUUUGAAGAUCUCAGAAACGGAUGGUUGCUUUUAGAGACACUUGACAAGGUCUCUCCUGGAAUUGUUAAUUGGAAAAUUGCUACUAAGCCUCCAAUUAAGAUGCCCUUCAGAAAAGUAGAGAAUUGCAACCAAGUUGUGAAGAUUGGGAAACAACUGAAGUUUUCUCUUGUAAAUAUUGCUGGAAAUGACAUUGUACAAGGAAAUAAGAAAUUAAUAUUGGCUUACUUGUGGCAGUUAAUGCGAUGUAACAUGCUUCAGCUCUUGAAGAAUUUGAGAUUUCAUUCCAAUGGGAAGGAAAUCACUGAUGCAGAUAUUUUAGAGUGGUCCAACAACAAAGUAAGAAAUUCAGGAAGCAAGAGUCGCAUGGCUAGUUUUAAGGAUAAGAGCUUGUCAGAUGGCAUCUUUUUCCUUGAGUUGCUUAGUGCUGUACACCCUCGAGCUGUUAACUGGAGUCUUGUUACGAAAGGAGAAACUGAGGAGCAGAAGAAGAUGAACGCGACCUACAUUAUCAGUAUUGCAAGGAAACUUGGAUGUUCGAUAUUUUUGUUACCCGAAGAUCUGAUUGAGGUAAAUCAGAAGAUGAUCCUCACACUGACAGCAAGUAUAAUGUAUUGGCACUUGAAACAACCAAUGGAGGACCAAACUUGUACAUCUUCAGAUAGUGAUAGUAGCUCAGUCGACACAACUUCAACCUCAACGUUGGAUGAUACUGCUUCUGAGUGUUCAAUGGAUGAAAACAGCAACAGAUAACUGGGAAAUUUUUCACGUGUGCUGAUUAUUUUUUAUAAAGCUCUUUGUGGUCAUGAUUGAAAUAUUGAAAAAAUUAGGGUAUAUGGCUUUGUAGUAGUCAAUAGUGUUCGAUUGCAGUUUUCCUAAAAGCAAAUAUAUAUAUAGUGAAUAUAGUUAAGAGAGUUUUUAUUUUUUUUAUUUUAUUUUUUUGUAUUGUAUAAUUGAUCUUCUGUAGUACCUUGGCUUUUAUAUAUGAAAGAAUUACAAGAAAAUACACAUUACUUC